AAAAGAAUACAGUUAGCGCUGCAAUCGGUGACUCGUAGCGUUUCAACAAAAAUGUACGGUUGACAGUUUUUGGUCUUUUCUCUGCUUUCUUGAUAUAAUAUUGGAACGUUUCGGCAGUAAUCCCAAGCAUGUAAAUAUUGUAAAUACUACGUGAUUGAACAUUUUCCUCGCAUUACAUUGAGUCUAUCGUACACCUCAUUAUGGCAGAUAAAAGGCAGCAUAGUCUAUCGAAGGAGGAAAUCGCGAAGCAGUUUAUGCUACCCGAGAGGAAGAGCAAGAUAGCGACGUUAUUGAAACAGGACGGUCAAGCAUAUUGCAUUUGCAGAAGCUCCGACAGUUCUCGUUUUAUGAUAGGAUGCGACUCUUGUGAGGAAUGGUACCAUGGUGACUGCAUCAAUAUAACUGAAAAGGAUGCGAAACAUAUUAAACAAUUUUUCUGUGUCCGCUGUAGGGAGGAAGAUCCAACCCUCAUAACACGAUACAAGCCGCGUAGAACUGAUCAGGAUGACAGGAAGCAUAAAAAGUACAAAGAGAAGGAAAGGGGACAUCGAUACGAAUACGACGCGCCCUGGGAUCCUACCGAGAAAGAGAAAAAAUCUUCAAAACGCUGCGGAGAGUGUACUGGGUGCUUGCGUGCAGAAAACUGCGGAAAGUGUGACGCUUGCAGACACCUGAAGAAAUUUGGGCCUUCGGUGCGACUGAAGCUUAGAUGCAUCCAGCGAACGUGUCGCGUGCUGGGGGACCCCCUCAAGCCUUCCAAGAGCCUCAACAAGGGAACGAAGCUCACGAAGAAGCGGAAGCGGGACUCGAGCAACGAGAGAAAUGAACACUUGGAGCCACCGCGCCACUGCUACGGACCUAUGUGCACGAAGCAGUCACGGCCCGGUAGCAAAUACUGCUCGGACGAGUGCGGCAUAAAACUGGCGACGAGCAGGAUUUACCAAGUGCUGCCGCAGCGGUUACAAGAAUGGUCGCUGACUGCGUGCAUCGCGGAGCAGAACAACAGACGCGCCCUAGAAUCCGUGAGGAAGCAGCAGCACGACGUGCGUAGGAUACUUCACGAGCUAGAGAAGAGGCACGUUGAGCUGGACCGUAUGGUCGAGCUUGCGAAACACGCGACUAUCGACCCACAGGCCGAGGUGGAUGAUAACGAUGACACAGAGAGCAGCAUGUACUGUAUCACGUGUGGACACGAGGUCCAUUCCAGAACUGCGAUUAAACAUAUGGAGAAAUGUUUCAACAAGUACGAGUCGCAAGCAUCGUUCGGCUCGAUCUUCAAGACACGUAUCGAGGGCCAGGUGAUGUUCUGCGACUUUUAUAAUCCUGGCAAUCGAACGUACUGCAAACGCCUGCGCGUCCUCUGCCCGGAGCACUGCAAGGACCCGAAGAUCGGCGACACCGAGGUGUGCGGCUGUCCGUUGGUCACGAACGUGUUCAACGUCACGGGCGAGUUCUGCCGCGCGCCCAAGAAGAACUGCGUCAAGCACUACAUGUGGGAGAAGCUACGGCGCGCGGAAAUCGACAUGGAGCGAGUGAGGCAGUGGCUGAAGAUCGACGAGCUCGUCGAGCAGGAGCGGCAGAUUCGGUCGAACAUGGCAACGCGGGCCGGCGUGCUGGCUCUGAUGCUGCAUUCCACGUACAAUCACGAGCUAAUGGAACAAAUGACGCAGGAACAGAUGACGCAGGAGCAGAGCAGGGAGCAGAUGGAGGAGGAGCUGCAGAGGAGGUACGGUUUACAUCAGAAGGAGCAAUGCAUGGAACAAUGAUUGCUCCUUUUUACAUUCAUCAGGCUCGCUCGCGAUUGCCGUUGUAUGCUAGGUCGGUACCUUCCGGCUCAAUUACGUUUUCCAUCUCCCUUUAUCUCUUGUUCUUCCUGAAGGCUAUAACACAUGUAUCCAUUUAAGCUGUAAGAAAGUGGACGGACCCGUUCCUAGUAUAUUUUUCGUUUCAAGUUGAUCGUAUAGCACAGUUCCGAUAGACUUUUCCUAUCUAGUAAUUGUCGUUGUAAGCAGUUGCGGGGUCGAGACAGCACUAAAGGAUAAAGUGGAAAGUUAGUAGAACGAUGGUGAACGUGUAAUGCAAAGUAAUAUGUAUGUACCUGUUAGUAUAAUAAAUCAAGCAGAUAAUCAAGUGCGUAUUGUACCUUUAAAAACUCAUGUGUCUGCCAAUUUUUGAAUAAACUUACAUUGAACAUCCAUGUAA